AUGCUUCCCUACCGCCUCCGUCCUCCAGUCUAUGGGAACAAGUGGAAGAAGACAAAAGGCACUCAAGGAAAUGUCGAACCUGAAUACAGUCCACUGAAAGAAGCCAUUCAACAAGACCUACGCCAUAUUUGGUCUCUCUCCGAGCAGCAGCAACAAGAAUUGACACAACAAAAUGACGACGCUACUACUACUGACAAUCACGUUGAAGAAGGUCGUAUCUUUUCCCAAUUUCGAUCAAGUGCAAUGGAAGAAGCCAAACUAUCGUUGCUACUGACGCUGCUCUAUUGUCCACGCUCCGACCGUGCCAAAUGGACCCAAUUGCUCUACGAUGCCUGCUUGGAAUUUGACAAUGACAAUCCGCCAUUUUGUCUCUACGCCGCGGCGGAAAGCAGUUCCGUGGCACAAGGAGGAACACUCGAAACAGCAACUCUGGCUCAAAAACGAAACCUCUUGCCCAUGGAUGUUCAAGACAAUUCGCGUUUCAAAUUUCGACGAUCCUUUGAUCAACCCAUUCGCAUGAGCAGAUGCCAUUUCACUCAAUUGCUGCAAUGGCAAGAACAAGCACUGGCCGGUCAUGCCGACUGUGAAUUGCAACAAUGGCACGCACGAGAAGAACGACUCCAUAAACGCCAAAGAAUACUGGAGGGUGAUACUGCUGACACUACUAAUACGGAAGAAAACCAAAACAACAAUCAACAGGAAUGGACUUGUCGUUGUGGGGGACUCUGCGAUUCACUUGCCAUUCUGCCGCGCAUAUUUGACAGAGUCGAUCUUUCGUCCUAUCCAGGGCCAUUGUCUCUAGAAGCACUGGCGGCACGAAUUCAUCAUCAACAACAAAAGAAACCACCACCACCACAGCCUGCCAACAAUGGAACUCAACAAGACAAGACUGUUGACCCACUCCUACACAAUAAUAAUACUGACGAAACUGCGACAAACACGUUUGCAGCAAGACAUGCCACCACGCUCUUGUCUCAAAUACAAAAGUACAAGUCCUAUCCCAUCUUUGUAGAGACUCGGGCGAACAUCCAACACAACAAUCUAUCCUGGUGGAGGGACAAAUUGGCGCCGUCGCUACAAGCGUCCGAGUCGUCCCUCCAACGGUUGGCAUCCUUCUGUCGUUCGGGAGAAGCCACAGUACAUGUCCCACAGAAACCAAUAGACAAGGAACACAACUCCCAAAACAGCAACAAGAAAAACAACAACACCAAGCAGUCUGGUACAAACGAUAGCACAUCCAAUGCAACAGCUACUAGAGCCAACGACGCUGCGGAUACGGAGACUGAACAGACCGGACAAGGAGUUUCCUAUGACGUGGUGCUUCCGGAACACAUUCCAAUGGCGCUGCGGAAUGGUAUCCAACAGGCUUUGAAUUCCAUGCUCCAACGAAAUCCACCCAAACCUGCCACAACAGGUGAUACGCAGGAGGAGAGCGUGGUUCCUGGAACGGGAGGGGCAGCCUUGAGAAAUUUGUUGGCUCAAUCCGCUACUACCAAACACAACACGCAGGUAUCAUUUGUGGGGGAGAGCACCGAUGUGGCUGAAGCAUCCGAAUAUCCAGUCGCCAGGGAUGAUGACAGUGUGACGCAGAGCUCGCUUCCUGGCAUUGGUGGAGCAGCCCUCGGGGCCUUGCUAGCACAAGCUACUCGAAAAUCUACGGCAGUCGCCGAUGAUGAAAGCAUUGCUCAGAGCUCGCAUGCUGACAGCUUGUUUUUGAGACGAUCCAAAGAAAGGACCAACAAUGCUACGCCAGAAAGGCCAGCUGCUUUGGAUGACGAUAGCAUAGCACAGAGCACAGGUCCAGGUCAUGGAGGAGCUGCGCUUGGGGCCUUGCUAGCACAAGCCACUCGAAAAACUACAACAGAAAAAAGAGCUACCGAUGAUGACAGCAUUGCUCAUGCCGGCUCAUUUGCAAGAAGAUCGAGAGAAAGGGCCCAGAUGGAAGGACCCGUUGCUUUUGAUGAUGACAGUAUAGCACAGAGCUCACGUCCCGGCCAUGGAGGAGCAGCACUAGGCGCCUUGCUAGCACAAGCAAACAGUCCGGCCGCCUUGGAUGAUGUUGGCACAGCUCAAAAUUCAAGUCUUGGCCACAAAGUACCGACCAUGAGACGGCGAAGGGCCACAGCCAAGGCUGCACCAUCAAGACCAGCUGCCUUGGAUGAUGAUAGUACCGUGCAGAGCACACGUCCGGGCCAUGGAGGUGCAGCACUGGAUGCCUUGCUACAAGCCGUUGGGAAGGAUGCAUCAGUUGCUACCACAGACAAUGAUAAUGACACCAGAGCUCAGGGCUCGAAUCUUGGCCAUGAAGUAUUUACUUCUAGAAAGCGCGACGCUAUGGCAGCAGCCAAGGCUGCACCAACAAGACGAGACGCUUUGGGUGAGAGCAGCAUUGCAGAGAGCUCACUUCCUGGUCUUGGGGGAGCAGCGCUUGGAGCUUUACUUUCACAAGCCACCCAAAAGACUUCAUCAGUAGCUGCCAGGGGCAACAAGCAGGCCAAAACGAUGACUGCCUCACCAUUAGCCGCGGAGGAGGACAGCAUGGCACAGAGCUCAGAUCCUAGUCAUGGGGGAGCAGCCUUGGGAGCCUUGCUAUCGCAAGCUGCUGGAAGGGCUGCAUCAAGAGCUCCCGCAAGCAAUGACAGCAGAGUUCGACGCUCAAAUCAUGGUCGUCAACAUGGUACAAAAGAUAUACCAAUCCCAGCCCGACAACCAACCGGAGAUGACGGCAGCAUAGCACAGAGUUCGCUUCCUGGACAUGGUGGAGCAGCUCUGGGUGAUUUGCUUUCACGGGCCCUCGGUAAAGCAUCUACCAGGGCAAGAAUUAGUGUUGGUGUUGGUAGGUGCUCACAUUCAAGACAAGGCACCACAAGUAUGAGAAACAACAAAGCCACAGAGCAAACAAACAUGGACGAUGACAGCAUUGCACGAAGCUCAUACGGAGGCCACGGAGGAGCAGCUUUGGGUGCAUUGCUGUCACAGGCAAAGAGAACCCCCACGAUGGCUAGUGGCGACGAAAGUCUGGCACUCAACUCCAAUGCUGGCCGCGGCGGAAUUGCAUUGGGUGCACUAAUGGAAGAGGCAUCCAGACCAAAUGGAUCGACGAUUGGCGCCAACAGCUCGUCCCAGAGGAGGACACGAGCAACUCGCCGCCCAAUGGACUUCCUUGUAAUGGGUGACGACGGCGUGGCUGAAGCUGACACCCACUUGGACGAAGGACUUCUUGAAUCUGAUGAGAGCCAGAGCGCCAUCCAGAUGGCAGAAACAGCGGCGAGAGAUCAACAGCUUACUCGAUCGCGACACACUGGCAGAAAGCAAGGCAGAAAUCCUCGAUCACAAGACACAACCAAGGUAUUAACUCGACGGGGCAAGAAGAGGCGUAACGAGGACGAGAAUAACCCAAGCGGAGGACAAGACGACGAUUCUCAGUCAAGGAAGGACCGUGCGUGGGCCGACAAACGAGCCCGAAGAAGCCGCUUGGGACCUACGACCUCGGAAGAAAGGCAAAACGUCGGUGACGGGGAUCAGUCGCUAGCAAGCACAGCUGAGUACCAAGGGAUGACUGCGAUUGAGAUGUUACUCUCAAAGGUCGAGAAGAAAGAGUGA